AUGUCCUGCUCCUUCAGCUCACUGGGAGUCACAGAAAGUUCUGGCAUUUCGGAUUACGCGUCAGAUCCGAAGCUGGCGGGCGAGUCUCUUAAAGCCUGCAUGAGGGACGCUGAAAGGUUUGUCCCCAGUGAGAGACACGAGGAGACCCCUCUGUAUCUGGGGGCCACAGCCGGCAUGAGGCUGCUCAAUGAAGUCGAGCUGCAGCAGGUCUAUGAGGCGGACUCUCUGGAGUAUCUACAAGCCCUGGAGAUCGUCACUGACCGACUGGAGACCAGAGUGAACUUCUGCAAAGCUCACCUCAUGAUGGUCACAUGCUUUGACGUGUCAUCCAAACACCGAUAG